AUGUAUAACGCGCGUAGGAGCACUCCUUCAGUCCUUCCUGCAUAUUCAUACAAGACCCGAGUAGGCGAGUUGAAGUCCUACGAGAAGCUCCAAAAGUCAUCAGCUAAACGGCUGACGAGAUCAGGUUCUAGUUCAGUAAGAAGAGAAGUAGUCAGCAGAUCGUCUUUUGGGAUGAAGGCUUUGAACAGUAAUGAUCAGAUUGAUCCUGAAAGUGUGAAGUUGGAAGAAAAUAGAGGAGGACCAGUGAAAAGUAAAAAAGUGAGCACAAUACACAAUCAAGCCUUGUUGUCUGGCCUUGCGUAUUGUAUUUCUUCCUGUAGCAUGAUACUCGUUAACAAGUUUGUUCUCUCCAGUUAUGACUUUAAUGCCGGAAUAUCUUUAAUGCUGUACCAGAAUUUUGUUUCUGUAAUUGUUGUCUCCAGUUUGAGUUUCCUUGGCAUAAUCACAACGGAACCACUCACAUGGAGAUUAAUAAAGGUCUGGUUGCCUGUUAAUGUAAUAUUUGUUGGGAUGCUGAUCACUAGUAUGUUCAGUCUGAAGUACAUUAAUGUUGCAAUGGUCACAGUUCUGAAGAAUGUAACCAAUGUGAUGACUGCUGUCGGUGAAAUGUAUCUUUUCAACAAGCACCAUGACAAUAGAGUUUGGGCAGCACUUUUCCUAAUGAUAAUUUCAGCAAUAUCUGGAGGAAUUACGGAUCUCUCUUUUCAUGCCAUUGGAUAUGCAUGGCAGUUUCUUAAUUGUUUGUUGACAGCAUCAUAUUCUUUAACUUUGCGUAGGGUUAUGGAUACUGCUAAGCAAGUCACCAUCUCUGGAGACCUGAAUGAGUUCUCAAUGGUCCUCCUAAACAAUGCACUUUCACUGCCUCUUGGGCUUUUGCUCCUUUUUGUAUUCAAUGAGGUUGAUUAUCUUUCAAGAACACCACUUUUGAGAUUGCCGACCUUCUGGCUGGUAUUGACGCUCAGUGGAUUCUUAGGUUUAGCAAUCAGUUUUUCUUCCAUGUGGUUUCUUCAUCAAACCGGGGCUACUACGUACAGCCUCGUGGGAUCGUUAAACAAGAUACCUCUUUCUGUCGCCGGUAUCCUUCUCUUUAAAGUCCCGACUAGUUUGGAAAAUUCUGCGAGUAUAUUUUUUGGCUUGUUGGCAGGAGUGUUUUUUGCCAGAGCAAAAAUACGUGAAAGAUCUUCAUCUUGA